AUGGCGGCGAGCCACGGCGCGGGGACGCUCAAGUCCACCUCCAUCAACGGGGUCAAGCUCUACUCGCUCACCGGCAGCCGCUAUGUCGCCCCCUGGGUCGUCGCCAAGAAGAAGCGCGCCCUCCGCAAGGACAAAGAGUAUCAGCGGAGGUUGGAUUUGAUCCAUGACCUGAGGUUCGAGACCGCCACCACCAAGAUCAAGCUGACGCCCGAUGACCAGUACGUGAUCGCCUCAGGUAUUUACCCCCCGCAAGUUAAAGUCUAUGAGUUGAAGGAAUUGUCGAUGAAGUUCGAGCGGCACUUGAUCUCAGAAAUUGUAACUUUCCAGAUCCUUGGUGAUGACUAUUCAAAACUUGCGUUUUUGUGUGCUGACCGUUCUGUAAAUUUGCACGCCAAGUAUGGAAGCCAUUAUAGCUUGAGAAUUCCAAGAAUGGGAAGGGACAUGGCCUACGAUUGUUUGUCCUGCGACUUGCUAUGUGCUGCUUCAUCACCAGAUCUGUACAGGAUCAACUUAGAGCAGGGACGAUUCCUUGCUUCUCUUUCCUCCCAAUCACCAGCAAUAAAUGCUGUUACACGAAGUAAGAUCCAUGGGCUUGUUGCUUGUGGUGGUGAGGAUGGUGCGGUUGAGUGCUUUGAUAUGCGGAAAAAAACUUCUGUUGGCAGAAUUAAUAUUCCAGCUGUUUCUUCUGAAGAUUAUUAUCAGGAGGUCACGUCUUUGCAAUUUGACGAAGAUCAGGGAUACCUUAUGGCAGUUGGGACCAGUACAGGAAAGAUAUCAAUAUAUGAUUUACGCAUGUCUUCUCCUCUGCGAGUUAAGGAUCACAUGUAUGGUAGCCCAAUAUUAAAUAUCAAGUGGCACCAGACACUUAAUUCUACUGAGCCUAAACUGAUCACUGCUGAUAAGCACAUAGUGAGAGUCUGGGAUCCUAAUACAGGAAAUAACAUGACUAGCAUUGAACCAGAUGGUGGUGCUAUAAACGAUGUCUGCAUCUUCCGGAAUAGUGGUUUAAUGCUAUUAGCCCUGGACAAUAGCCAGAUACCUGUCCACUUCGUUCCUGCACUUGGACCUGCUCCAAAGUGGUGCUCACAUCUUGAUAACCUAACUGAGGAGAUGGAAGAGAAACCAGAUACAACACUGUUUGAUGAGUACAAGUUCUUGACUAAAGAAGAGAUGGAGCGACUGAACCUUACUCAAUACAUUGGCAGCAGUGCUGUAAGAGCAUAUUUACAUGGAUUUGUCGUACGUUAUGAACUAUACAAGAAGCAACGGGCAGAAGUUGCUCCUGUUGAGUACGAGACAAUUAAAGAAGAGAUAAAGAAAAAGAAAAUAGAAGCUCAGAGAAAAUCUCGUAUAACGCAAGUCGUCAAAAUACCGAAGGUUAACAGGCAUAUUAUGGACAGUAUAAUGGAAGAUGAAAUAGAUCUUGAUACGGAGAAUGUUGAUAAAUCAAGUAUUAAGAAGAAGAAAAGAAAACUAGAACUCAAUAAGGCGAUUUUGCAUGAUAAACGGUUCGAAGAAAUGUUUGUGAAUAAGGAUUUUGAAAUUGAUGAAGAAUCAAAAGAAUAUCUUGCACUUCAUCCUCAAGCAGCUACAAAGGAGCCUCGCCUAAUUGAAGAACAUUUUGAUAGUGUUAGUGAGGAUGAUCAACAAUCUGAUGGUAAUGCAUCUGAUGCUUCAGCAGAAUCUGACAGUGAUGAUGGCAUGCAUAAUUCAAAGCGUAUAAGGUUAUACGAGGUCAAGGAUGAACACCAUGCUGAAGCAUUUGUGAAUAGUGUCUCUUUAUCUAACGAGGAUGCUGUUCCCCUUGGGGAUAGGAUAGCUGCCCUGGAAAGGAAACAGAACUCGAAAGCACUUGAUGCGGUCAAGUAUGGACCUGGUGGCUCACGGGAGAUUUCAUUUAUCUCUAAAAGCCGAAGAAGGCACAAAGAAGAAUCGUCUAGCGACGAUGAACCCAAGGGUGUCAAAAAGAGAGGUGUACAGCCCCUGGGUUUGAAGCAGGGAAAAGCCGAGUUCUAUAUGUUUGGUGGAAAUCGCGGCAAAGUCUCCCCUGUAACUCUGCAACGAAUGCUGACCUGGAGCUGCAUAAAGCAGAGCUGCAGAGGGAAACAGGAGGGGUCCACACUGUCAGUGCCUACUCGAGUAGAAGCGCUAGAUUUCCAAGCGAAAACCCUCUCGCAUGUCGCAUCGCAUCUAAACCCUUCUCAUCCCCACCUCUCUCGGGAUCACUCACCGCCGCCGCCGGUAUCUCACUUCGCCUCCUUCCUCUCCUCCCGUCCUCGAAUCGGACUCUUCCCGUGCUGGGAUUCCCUGAUCCGAUCCGUCGUGCUGCAGGACGCCGCCACCGCUGCCGCCGUGAUGCUGUCCCUGUCGAUGGCGCUCGGGAGGCGGCUCUUCUCAUCUGCCGCUGCCGCGUCGGAGUCCGCCGCUGCUGCGUCGACGUCGGCAGUCAGGAAGGCGCAGAACCCGCUCGAGGAGUUCUUCGAGGUCGCAGUUGGAAGGCUUCUGAAUUGCGCUCUAAAAUCUUGGGAUGACCUUCAGAAGCUGUGGUAUGUUCUUCUAAAAGAAAAGAACAUGCUAAUGACACAGCGUCAGAUGCUGCAUUCAGAGAGCAUGCGGUUUCCAAAUCCAGAACGAAUUUCCAAGGUAAAAAAAUCAAUGUGCCGGAUAAAGCAUGUCUUGACUGAGAGGGCUAUAGCCGAGCCUGAUCCAAGGAGAUCUUCGGAAAUGAAGCGGAUGAUAAACGCCCUGUGA